AAUACACUUUUCAUGUUAAAUGUCUAAAAAAUGUCCGGUGGGCCGGAUUGAAAAUCUUAAUGCGGGCCGUAUUUUGCCCAGGUUUGUGUUAUGGUGAGGCGUUCAAGUCUUUGAUAUAUCGUUUGACAUUGUAGCUUUCUUUGGUCACGGCAGUCCCAUCGAUUAUAGGAUUUGUGUCUAACCUGAAUCCUUCUUUAGGCAUUGUAAUGGUGUGUCCUAGAGGUUCAAAGUCACAAAUGUGAACAUGUCAAUAAUCGGUCGUGUCGUGUGUAAUGAAAGCUUGAAAAUGGUUUCCAGGAUUGUUGUCACACAGGAUGAGCACAUGGAAGAGCUGUAAAUCUGCGUAAGCUCCAUGUUUGUCUCCGUCCCGCGAGACACAAACCCAAAUUGAGGCUUGAUCCCUCGUGCUUCCUUCCCACUCGGCCAACCGCCUUUUAGCAUUCGUUCAAUCUGUUUUUUCCCCCUCCACGUGCGUAAUAGGAUGAGCAGCAAUUUCCCCAGCAAGGAUUUGCAGCACAUGUAAAAAAAUGAUAAACGAUUUGCGUGAAGGAUUGCUGGCGGUGGUCUUGGUGUCCACAGCCAUGAUCCCACUGGCCAUAUGUUAGUGCUGGAUCUAGUGCCUCCCAAGGUGGGCUUUCUGCUUCACUUGGACCCACGACAAGCUGCCUAAUGAGCGCUAAGUCAAGCAUGCCAAUAAAACCUUUUCACCUCCGCCGCCGUCCUAAACUCAACUAAUGGCUUGCCUCUUCCGUUCUUACGCAGGAACCACGUGACGGUCCCUGCAGGCGCCUUCACGCUAAAGAGGAUGUUCAGGAAGGGAGAACUGCGGCCCAAAGUUGAAAGGACAAGGAACUGAAAUCAAGCACUGGAGUGGUGUGAUUUCUUCCAGCCAGCCAGGAAGGAAGGCAUGCACGGGAAGCUGAGGCGGCCGAGUGAGGGUGAGGGUGAGGGUGAGAGCGGACUGUGGACGCGGUGAGGAGCAUAAGGAACUUCUUCUGCUGAUCUACACCUUCACUUCUAGCAGCAGGUGAGGAUGCACCUGUCCCUGGACUCCAUGAGCAUGGUGGACCACCUCUCACCCAGCCACUUCCACGACCUGACCAAGGGCGGCGGCACGGUGACGGUGGGGGGCCACGUCCACAGCAUCGACGUCAUCCUGGGCUUCAGCAAGGACCAGGACGCCCUGCUGGGUGUGGGCCCCGGGCCCCACAAGCUCAGCAUGGAGGCCUUGGAGGAGGCCGGCAAGCAGCACCCGUCCUACAGCGGCCAUCUGGACAACCCCGAGCAGCUGCAGCAAUAUCAGGAGGCUGAGCUGUACAGCAACAAGUGUGAGGAGGAGCUGAGGAAGAGCGCCGACAGCGAGGAAGUCAAGUCCCCGGAGUCGUGCAAGGACGAGCCGCCCAAGAAGAAGCACCGACGCAACCGCACCACCUUCACCACCUACCAGCUGCACGAGUUGGAGCGCGCCUUCGAGAAGUCCCACUACCCCGACGUGUACAGUCGUGAGGAGCUGGCCAUGAAGGUCAACCUCCCCGAGGUCCGAGUGCAGGUGUGGUUCCAGAACCGCCGAGCUAAAUGGCGGCGGCAGGAGAAAAUGGACGCCGGCGCCAUGAAGCUCCACGACUCGCCGAUGCUCUCCUUCAACCGCCCGGCGCCGGUCCACAGCGCCAUGGGACCUAUGAGCAACUCCCUGCCCCUGGACCCCUGGCUGACUACGCCCCUGUCCAGCGCCACGCCGGUCCACGGCCUGCCGGGCUUCAUGGGCCCCGCCCAGGGCCUCCAGCCCAACUACCCCGCCCACGGCUUCCUCAACUCGGGCCCUCACGCGCCCAUGAGCCAGGGGAUGGCCGGCAUGGCACCGCCGCCGCCUUAUCAGUGUCCGGCGUCGUACCCCGACAAGUUCCCCGGGGAGGACUUGGACCAGCGCAGUUCUAGUAUCGCCGCACUGAGGAUGAAAGCCAAGGAACACAUCCAGUCCAUGGAUAAAACCUGGCUACCCAUGUGACUAACAGGAAGCGACACUGGACCUGACCAUAUAAGGACUUCCUUUUCACAUUUUUAAUAUUUUUGUUUUUUUUACAUCUCAAGUCAUGAAGCGCGUGAGUGGCGACUUUUUCUACUUUCUGCUGUUCCUAUUCAUCUGACCCGCGUCAUUCCUUCGUUGCAGCGUUUAAAAAAACAAAACAAAAACUGCCAAUUUUUCAUAAACUGAUAAUUAAUAUGCAAAACUAUGGAAGAGGAUUAAGGCAACACUGAGAUCAAUAACAUUUAUUAUGUCAGAUGUUUAUAAAAACAACACAAUUUAUAUAGCGCUUUUUCUCUAGUGACUCAAAGCGCUUUACAUAGUGAAACCAGUGUGGGUGACACUGGGAGCAGGUGGGUCAAGUGUCUUGCCCAAGGACACAACGGCAGUGACUAGGAUGGCAGAAGCGGGGAUCGAACCCGCAACCCUCAGGUUGCUGGCACCAACCGAGUAGUUUAUCCCCUCAUUUUAGGAGAAAUGUAUUGGGAAAUUUCCUCUUCAUUUGGUUUUUAUCUUCUCAAAAUUACAACUUCAUUUUAGCCGUAGUACAUUUUUGUUUAAAAAUUGAAAAUUUGAGUGAAAUUCCAACAUUUUUCUUGUAAUUGCAACUUUUCUUCUGACUUUAUUUACAAAUCCUCACCUAUUUUGAAUGGAAAUUCAUCUUUUUUCUUUAUUUUCCAUAUAUUUAUAAUAUUGUUAUUAUAAAAUAAAUUUAUAUUUGCAAGAGUACAUUUUGCUUAAAAACAAAAAAAAAACAAAGCAAAAACAUUAUGUCGACUUUUUUUUGUAAAAAUUACUACUUUUUUUUUUUUUAAACACAAUUUCACUUAAAUAUUCUGACUUUAUUAUCAUAAAAUGACUUCCUUUGCAGUUUUCAGUGUGGCCCUAAUAUUUCUUUAUAGAUUUGUCACAGGAUUUUUUUUUAACCUUCAUUUUGGCAUUUUUGUGUGAAAAAAGUAGAACGUCCUAUGAAGGACAGCAACGGGCUCAAGAUGCAUUUGAUGGUUUUUCAAAAUAAAAUCGAUGAAGGCCAGCAGAGCUCCUUCUAAGAGGGAAUAUACCAAAAAAAAAGAAAUCAUGGUUAGUUGCUUUUCUGGAGACGGAAUGUAGCGAGAAGAAGAAUGUAGCAAAAUGGACAAAAAGUGCAGACUUGAGAGCAAGAAAAACAACUUUUGGGAAUAUUUUCCUGCUCGAGUGAGUGUUGGAGGAGAGAAGCCGUUGGCAGCUCAGUGUGUGUGUGUGUGUGUGUGUGUGUGUGUGUGUGUGUGUGUGUGUGUGUGUGUGUGUGUGUGUGUGUGUGUGUCAGCAUACUAAGUAGACCCUUGGAACCAUUUUUUGUCUCAAUCAAAACAGGAUAAUUUUGAUUGUAGCUGCUGUGAUCAUAAGUGACACUUUUUAUUACUUGUGUUCAUGAGUGACACUUUGUCGCUUGUGUCCAAGUGUUCAUGAGCGACACUUUGUCACGUGGGUUCAUGUGUUCAUGAGUGACACUUUGUCACUUGUGUUCAUAAGUGACACUUUAUCGCCUGUGUCCAAGUGUUCAUGAGCGACACUUUGUCACCUGGGUUCAUGUGUUCAUGAGUGACACUUUGUCGCGUGGGUCCAUGUGUUCAUGAGUGACACUUUGUCGCUGGUGUCCAUGUGAUCAUGAGUGACACUUUGUCACUUGUGUUCAUAAGUGACACUUUAUCGCCUGUGUCCAAGUGUUCAUGAGCGACACUUUGUCACCUGGGUUCAUGUGUUCAUGAGUGACACUUUGUCGCGUGGGUCCAUGUGUUCAUGAGUGACACUUUGUCGCUGGUGUCCAUGUGAUCAUGAGUGACACUUUGUCACUUGUGUUCAUGAGUGGCACUUUAUUGCUUGUGUCCAUGUGUUCAUAAAUGACACUUUAUCGCUUGUGUCCAUGUGUUCAUGGCUGACAUUUUGUCACUUGUGUUCAUGAGUGACACUUUUUCGCUUGGGUCAUGUGUUCAUGAGUGACACUUUAUCGCUGGUGUCCA